UAAUUUCACGAUUUUUUCAAAAUUAAUACUUAAUUUAUUAUUUAUAAGCGAAAUACAGUGAAUUGUUUACCUUUAACCAUAGUAAAAUUAUUAACAAUGUUCCUUAGUACAUUAGCUGAUAUACAUCGGUUUCGAACUAUUAUUAUAAUUUUGAUGUUUAUAGAAUUCAAAUUGCUUGAAGCGCAAGUUUCUACGGCAAAUAAUAACGAAGGCAACUUGCCAACUUCAGUAGAACCGAGGUUUUUAGAUCUCGGCGCUUUGGGAUUCCCAAACUUUGGCUCGGGAAGAUUCGGAAAUCCGACAAGUAAUUAUCCAACGAAUUCCUUUUUCCCUUACGGAAAUCAGAAUAAUAUACAACGGCCGCAACAGGGUUAUCCCAAUCAAGGCAAUUUCCGAAAUAAACCAAGUCAAGGUUACGGGCAGGAAUACCCGAAUCAGCAAGGAUAUCCAAUCCAACAAGGCUAUCCAAAUCAACAAGCCUAUCCAGAUCAACAAAGUUACCCAAAUCAGUCAGGUUACCCAAACCAGCUAGGGUACCCAAAUCAACCAGGUUAUCCAAAUCAACAAGGCUACCCAUAUUUGGGCGAUAGUAUGAAUCCAAUUUAUCAACGUCCCGAAUAUCCUAGUGAAGAUUUUCAGAACAGACCAAUUGAGAGAGGCUACCCAAACCAAGGAAGAUUUCCGUACCAAGGAGAUAACGAAUACUCCAAUUAUCAAAAGCCUGAAUACUUUAAUAGACCAGGUGAAGGACCAGCGAUGUACCCAGAAGAUAUGAACAGGCAAAAUUAUCAAAAUCCUCGAGGACCAUUAAAUCAAGCAGGAUAUUUCAACCAACCCGGGCUGGCCUAUCCUACCAAUUCCUUCGGGUACCCACCAGGCAAUCAAUAUCCUUCUCCAGGUUUUGGGCCAGCAAAUGGCAACCCCAGCUAUCGGCCGGACGAAGUAGGCAAUCUGCCUGACACGAAUGUAAAUUUUCCUGAUGCUUUAGGUCAAUUCCAGCCGUAUAACCCACAAAAUCCAAAUUUUGAGCAGCCUGGUGCUUUCCAAAAUAAUAUUCCUGGUGCUGACAUACAACUUCCGAAUCAGAUGGGUGGAAGUGAUAAUCCGUCAGUAAAUCAGUAUCCGAAUUCAGUUGCGCCGUUCCCAGGAGGACCGGAAAAUGUUCCUCCGUUAGUAAAUGAACCUCCUCCAUCGGAUAGCCAAGGAGGUGUUCCCAAUAAUAACGAAACGGCAGGCAUUCUAGGCAAACCAGUAAUUGUACCACCGGAACUGGUGACAACAGCACCUGAUGAAACAGUGCCCGAUAACAGUACAGAAGACGCAACUAAAAAGAAAUGUGUCCAGGACUGUCCAUCCACGUCAGAAUAUAAUCCUGUGUGUGGUACAGAUAACGUGACGUACAUAAAUCCUGGCAAAUUUCUUUGUGCCCAAAAUUGUGGCGUCGCGGUGCAACUCCUUCAGCGGGGCAGAUGUGAUAGUGACGUGAUUAUGUGAGAAGUAGUUUAGAGCAGGACGUCAUAACACAAGGAAAGAGAAUUAACUAUUGCAUCUUAUAAAUAAUGUUCCUGACCGUACACUUUUCUAUAAAAACGUAUAAAACUGGAUCAUCAAAGUUUUUAGAGCUGUAUUCAGAUCUCGGUCACGUAAUAAAUAGUUUUUCCAUUU